UUAUGAGUGUUCCACAAUGCUAUUUUAGUCGCGACUUGAGUGUUGUUUGGGAAAGAUUGUGCUGCCGAAAUUCGAAAUGGAAGGCUUUGAGAGAUUUCUCUACUGGAUUUUCACGUUUCUUGCUGUGAUCGCGGGAAGUUUUUGGCUUUUCUACUUGUGGUCCAUGAGAAAAUUUCGCUUCUGGAAAGACAGAGGCAUCGCGUACAUCGAACCGUCUUUUCCAUUUGGAAAUACUAAAGGUAUAUUCAAGAAGAUUCGCUUCAGUGUCCUCCUUACAAACCUUUAUAACAAGUUCAAGGGAAAGGAGAAGUUUGUUGGACUAUAUCUGUUCAUGAGACCAAUUGGAACGACUACAGAUCCGGAUUUGGUAAAGCAAAUCCUAGUUAAGGAUUUCAAUAACUUCCACGAUCGAGGUUUAUACCACAACAUUAAGGAUGAUCCACUAUCGGGACAUCUUUUCACACUCGAGGGUGAACCUUGGAGAGUUUUGAGGGCCAAAAUGAGUCCAACUUUUACAUCUGGAAAAAUCAAAAUGAUGUUUCACAUCAUGGUUGAAGUGACAAAGGAGUUGCAAAAAAUUGUGGAUGAGCAGAUAAAGAGUACCAAUGAGUUUAACAUCAGUGACAUCAUGGCCCGUUUCACGAUGGACAUCAUUGGGAAUUGUGCAUUUGGUAUUGAGUGCAAUGCUUUGAAGAAUCCCGACGAGGAGUUGAUGGUGUUUGGCAAGAAAUUCUUCAUACCCAGCCGAAAGCAGAUGAUGAGACAGACGUUCUUCUCAUUGUUCCCGGAUCUCGCCAGGAAACUCGGCGUGCCGGCAAUUGAUGAAACUGUGUCCUCAUUCUUUAUGCGAGUGAUUACCGAGACUGUGAAAUACAGAGAGCAGAAUAAGGUUGUUCGGCCGGAUUUCAUGGAUUUGCUGCUGAAGCUAAAGAACAGUGGAACAAUUGAAGUUGACGGCAAAGAGGAAAAGACUGGAUUAAUCACCCUAAAUGAACUCGCAGCACAAUGUCUUGUUUUCUUCCUGGCGGGUUUUGAGACAUCCUCAACCACCAUAUCAUUCUGUCUAUACGAACUAGCCCACAAUCCCGAUAUCCAGGAGAAGCUCCGUAAGGAAAUAAUGCAGUCGCUCGAGGAGACAAAUGGAAUGCCAACAUAUGAAGCUGUCAUGGGAAUGAAAUAUCUUGAAAAAGUGAUAAAUGAAACCCUAAGAAAGUAUCCAGCUGUCGAGAUGCUGGCGAGAAAAGCAAAAAAUGAUUAUCCCAUUGAGGGCACUUCAGUCACUAUUCCAGGAAAUACUCUCAUUUUUAUUCCCAUCUACACUGUCCAUCACGAUUCCAAUAUCUAUCCAGAGCCCGACAAGUUUGAUCCCGAGAGGUUUAGCGAGGAGAACGUGCGGAGCCGUCAUCCCUACACAUACUUGCCGUUCGGCGAAGGACCCAGAAAUUGCAUUGGGAUGCGUUUCGGAUUGCUGCAGACACGCAUUGGCAUCAUAACAAUGCUCAGCAACUAUCGAUUGACUGUAUGUGAUAAAACUCCCAAAGCUCCACUAGAGUUCAUGCCCACAAGCAUUGUCCUGAAAGUUCAGAGUGGGAUUUGGCUGAGAAUGGACAAACUCUGAAGCAAACGCGACUUGAGCCUGCAGAGGAAAUAAAAGGCUUUAUCCUGUAUAAUGGAAACAGAUUAAUCACAGAUGAAGCAAAACCAACUGCUGCGACAAUUUACAUAAUCAUUCUGGUCCUGACAAUUUUAAUGACGAAACUUUGUCUAUUUAAUACUGUCACAUGUCCUCAAGACGUUCUUCCAGACAUAAACAUUAUAAAACUUUAGAAGACACACGAACUUUGUCACAUGGUCCAUUGUUAAAGUUUUGUGUUCAGUAUUUGAGAAUUUAAACUCAGAUUUAAGCUCAUUUAAAUGUUAUUUGAAUGUCUCCUGCUUGUGAUGUUAAUUAUGGCGACAAUAUUCUGCAGUGUUGCUUUAAAAUUCAGUUUUGCAGAGACAACUUAUGUAUACCAAAAGCUUCAUCGGAUUAAUGACAACAACCACAUCUGGUUAUACAUAGGAAAAGGAGAUUUGAAUUUGGUGGGGUUACAUAAGUCUGGAAUUUAAUGUAUUGGUCGAUGUUCCACGUGACAUUUGUUUUUAUUUACUCCACCGUUCGAAUAUUUUUAUUUACACUCAUAGUAUAUAACUUAUCGUCGGAAAAGAACCGAUGACAUCAUAUAAUUGCUCACUACACCAUCGAAAGCUGUAGUUUGUAUUCGUGCUGUGCAAUCUGAGGUGACCAAUUUGCAAGUGUUUCUACAAUUCACUUUGACAC